AUGCAUCGAACAGAAUCGUCUUUUCGACGUCAUCCCGGCAGUGGUAGUUUACGUCGAUUUAGUUUUCGCCGUAGACCUACACGAGAAUCGAUAUCUGAACCAACAUCGACUUGGUCAUUUAAUAAUGUUGCCCAUGAAUGGCAAUUACUUCGAGAGGAUGGUGCUCAAAUUCAACUUGUCUACAAUAAAUCUGAACAUAUCCCUUUGAAAGAUUUUGCCUCUGAAAUUCGUGGCGGAAAAGAUAUUAAAGAAUUUAUCCUCAGUGCACUUGUUCUUCUGGAUGUACAAGAUACAUCCGUAUGGGAUUUGUUAGAGAUAAUUCUUCGACGAAUCAAACAUACAAGUAUACGUAAUAAUGAAAGUUCAUCGGGAUUAUCAUCGCCUGUAUCGAAUGCAGCUACAACAAUGAUAAAUAAUACAGUUAGUACCGGUGGUGGUGGACACAGAGAAAAUUUAAAUAUUGAAGAUAUUAAAAAAGUAGUAUUUGUUAAUGAUCGAGUUCGAAUAUUAACUAAAACACUGCAAGCAACUACAACCACGGAAUCGAAUUGGACCUAUGAUCAAUCUUGGCUAGCGAUUAUGUGUACAUCACCAUCGAUUCUUAAGCGGCAUGUUGCUAUAGCUCGUUUGAAAAAUCCUUGCAAUUUAGGACGGAAUUGUCAAGAAGCUCGUUUUAUCGUUUUUAUAUUAUCACCAAUGAAAGAGAAGGGUACAAAAAAUUUUCUUGAAACUGGUCGUACAUUUGCUACCAUAUUUGCUGAUAUUGAAUUACGUGCAAAAUUAUUAAAAGCAACAACUCAAGAAGAAUUUAUUUCAAUUAUCGACAAACAUACAGAUAAUUUAAUGGAACAACAAAGAACACAUACACGAAAUUCUUUACCAGAUGCAUUUGAUGAUAUAAAUUCUAAUCCUGAAAUAUUAAAAGUUAAAACAUAUUAUUGUCCAAUACUUUAUGAUAUGUAUAUGGAUUUAACACGUCGUCUACCUCAUUAUCUUUCAGAUUUUUAUGAUAUUUUCAAUACUCAUCGUGGUUCACAAAAAGUUCUAUCAACUGCUGUAUUUCUUUAUUUUGCUUGUCUAUUACCAAGUAUAGCUUUCGGUGUAUUAAAUUCUCAAGUAACAAAUGAUCAAAUAAGCGUACCAAAAGCUGUUGCAUCACAAUGUCUUGGUGGACUAUUUUUUUCAAUAUUUUCUGGGCAACCAUUGAUUGUUGUUAUGACAACAGCACCGCUGACUAUCUAUGUCAAAGUUAUUUUUGUAUUGUGCACUUGGUAUCGUUUGGAUUUCCGAGAUACAUAUGCAUUAGUUGGCUUAUGGAAUUCAUUUUUUCUUAUUUUAUUUUCGUUUUUUGGUGUUUCAAAAAUAAUGAAAUGGUCAACAAGAUCGACUGAAGAAAUAUUUGCAUUGUUUGUUUCUAUUGCAUUUUUGGUUGAUGCUAGCAUGCAUGUUUAUAAAAAUUUUAUACGUAAUUAUUCAACUCCGGCUUGUAAACAAUAUGAUGAAUAUUGGAAAUUACGCCGAACGAAUAAAAAUGUAACGUUCAAUUUUACAGACGACGCUUUAGAAGAACCCUGUGCACGUGAUUCAAGUCUACUCUAUAUUUUAUUAACACUUGGAACAGUAUGGCUAGGAACAUUUUUAUAUAAAUUUAAACAAACACCCUAUUUGACAUCUGCUAAACGAGAACUAUUAACAGAUUAUGCAUUACCUGUGUCGGUUAUUAUAAUGUCAUUGAUUGGUAGUGUUGUGUUUAGUCAAGUAAAUCUUCAAUCAUUUUCUGUUGAUCAUGGACAUUUAUUUGUAAUGGUUCGACUUAAAUCUGUCACAUUUAAACAAAUAAUUGGAACAGGAUUUCUUGGCUUUUCCUUAUCUUUACUGAUGUUUCUUGAUCAAAACAUAGCCGGCGCGAUUGUUAAUUCUCCGGCAAAUAAAUUGAAAAAAGGCAAAGCUUUUCAUAUCGAUCUUUUUGUCAUUGCUAUACUUAAUGGUUGGCUUUCUUUGUUUGGAUUGACAUGGAUGCACGGAGCACUACCCUUAUCACCCUUACAUGUUAAAGCACUUGCUGACACAGAAGAUCGUGUUGAACAAGGUCACAUACAAUCAGUAAUCGUUAAAGUACGAGAAACUCGUUUAACAGUACUUCUAUCACAUAUUUUUAUUGGUAUGUCAUUAUUCAUGCGUGAUAUUCUUAAACAAAUCCCAAUGCCAGUGUUAGAUGGUUUAUUUCUUUAUUUGGCAUUGACAUCACUUGAUGGCAAUCAAUUCUUUGAGCGAGUUACAUUAUUUUUUACUGAACAAGCUGCUUAUCCACCGAAUCAUUAUAUACGUCAAGUUCCACAACGUAAAAUACAUCUUUUUACUUUGUUACAGCUUCUUCAAUUAAUAAUCCUAUGUUUUUUGGGGUUUUCACCGAUACUUUAUUGUAAACUAGUUUUACCAAUAUGGCUAGUAGCUAUGGUUGCUUUUCGUUAUGGAAUAUUACCAAAAAUUAUUGCUAAAAAAUAUCUGCGAGCGUUAGAUCAACGAUUAUAA